AUGUCGAGUCGAUGGGAUAGUCCCAAGGACCAAGGCCAGGCUUCGGCCUCCACAUCUUCUUCGGUCAAUGCAGCCGCUGCCGCCGCCAAGAUCGCUGCUCAGUUCGCAUCGAAAGGUCAACCAUCCUCCAAAGAGUCCGAUCCCAGCCCCUCUUCCUCCUCCGAUGCUAAGGAUGCUAAGAAGGAGAAAGACGCGCACGACGCUGAAUUCACCCAUGACAUUGAAAUCAACGACCAGCGAAACCGCUACAUGCUCACCAAAGGUCAAACCCAACAACAGAUCCAUCGCGAAACCGGCGCCUCCGUCACCACAAAAGGUACAUGGUACCCCGACAAAGCCCUGGCUACCAAAGAAGACCCACCCCUCUACCUGCACGUCUCUGCCAUCUCACAAGAGAUUCUAGAUGCCGCCAUCGCCAAGAUCAACGAACUCAUGGCGCAAGAAGUGCCACAACUUAUCGAAGAUCGUCACCAACGUCGUUUGGAUUAUGAAAAUCAACGCCCACCUCCGCGCGAACGAAGAAGGUGGGCCGAAGAGAAAGUGUCAGUCAACCUUGAGAACAUCAGAAACUUCAAUGUGAGGUCAAAGAUUGUAGGGCCGGGAGGAAUGUUUGUCAAGUACAUCCAGAGUGAGACAGGUACAAGGGUGCAGAUUAAAGGUUUGGGGAGUGGGUUUAUUGAGACUGAUACGGGGGUGGAGUUGCCAGAGCCAAUGCAUAUUGCGAUUGCGGGGCCGGAAGAUGAACAAAUUCAGGCGGCAAAGGUGCUGGCCGAAGAUCUGAUGGAGGUGGUGAAGAGUGAGUGGCACAAGGCCUAUGAUGCGAUGGGUGGUGGUGGGUCGGGGUACGGUGGUGGAAGAGAUGGUGGCUAUGGCGGUAGUUAUGGAGGUGGAGCACCAAGAGGUGGUGGUGGCUAUAGCCGUGGUGGUGGAGGAGGUGGCUAUGGUCGCGGUGGAAGUCCAACCGGUGCGGGCGGCUAUGGUCACCAAUCCCACUAUUCGCAGCAGCAGCACUACCAAGGCGGUGGAGGUGGAUGGGACCAAUCCCGAGGAGGCUGGAAUCAGUACGGACGACACAGUGGAGACCCAGCACCACCUCCCUCAGACAACCCCAACGUACCGCCCCCUCCUCCCCCCGAAGACGACGCUCCACCGCCUCCGCCCUCGGACAGCCACGCCGGAAGACAAGCAGCAGCGCACCAGCAACCUUACUCACAGUCGCAAAGGAACGGCCACUCUUCACCCGCAGGUUCACCUCAAUCACGCAACCGUGCCACCGCAACCGCUGCAUCGGCCAAAUCACCGGAAGAAGAAGCACUCGACAAGUACUGGCGCGAAUACGUCGAAUGGGAAACCUCUUUCAGAGCAUACCACAAUCGUGUACCAACAAAAGAAGAGGGUGGACAAGACGUUCCUCCCCAAUACCGCAAGUAA